GGACACAAGGAGCAUGGGUGUCUUUACCUCAGGCGCUGAUAUCUUCCUAGGUCUCUGGGGGAUGUAUGUGUCUCCAAGAAGCCCUGGAUGGAUGGACUUUAUCCAACAUUUGGGAGUUUGCUCUUUUGUUGCUCUCAUUUCAGUGGGCCUCUUGUCUAUGGCCUUUUCCGGGUGUCUGUCCACAUUCAUUGCCUUUAGCUCCUCCUGGAUGGUCACUUGUGUUCUGCUUUGCUGCUCCAAGCAUGCACGAUGUUUCAUUCUCCUCUUCUUCCUUUCCUGCGGCCUGCGGGAGGGCAGGAAUGCUUUGAUUGCAGCUGGCACAGGGAUAGUAAUCUUAGGACACGUGGAAAAUAUUUUUCAUAACUUCAAAGGUCUCCUGGACAGUAUGACUUGCAACCUAAGGGCCAAGAGCUUUUCCAUACAUUUUCCACUUUUGAAAAAAUAUAUUGAAGCCAUUCAGUGGAUUUAUGGCCUUGCCACUCACCUAAGUCUAUUUGAUGACCUUAUUUCUUGGAACCAGACUCUGGCUGUCUCUCUUUUCAGUCCCAGCCAAGCCCUGGAGGCACAGCUAAAUGACACCAAAGGCCAAGUCCUGGGUGUCUUGUACCAGAUGGUGACGGCAACAGAGGUAUUGUCCUCCCUGGGACGGCAGCUCCUUGCCCUAGCAGGGCUUUUGCUGGUGCUACUUGGCACUGGCCUCUUCAUGAAGCGAUUUUUGGACCCUUGUGGUUGGAAGUUUGAAAAUAUCUUCAUCACUAAACAAUUUGUUCGGUUCGAUGAAAUGGAGAGGCAACUACAGAGGCCCUGUGUCCUCCCACUGAAUAAGAAGGAAAGGAAGAAACACGUUGUCAUCCCAUCUUUCUGGCCGUCUCCUAAAGAGAGGAAGAACCUGGGGCUGUUUUUCCUCCCCAUUCUUACCCACCUCUACAUCUGGGUGCUGUUUGCAGCCAUAGAUUAUCUUCUGUAUCAGCUCAUUUUCUCAGUGGGCAAACAUUUCCAAGGCUUGCCAGGGCUGGAGGUCCACCUGAAACUGCACAGAGAGGAGCAAGGAACUCAAGACAUCAUACAUGACUCUUCCUUUAACAUAUCUCUGUUUGAACCCACCUGCAUCCCCGAGCCAAAGCUCCUUCUGUCUAAGACCUGGGUUCCUCUCAGCAUUAUUCUUGUGAUACUAGUGGUGCUGGGACUGCUGUCCUCCAUCCUGACGCAGCUUAAAAUCCUGGUGUCCGCGUCCUUCUACCCCACCGUGCAGACGGAGCGCGUCCGGCACCUGCAUGUGAAGCUCCUGAAGAAGAGAGCAAAGCAAGCACUGGGAGGAGGAAACAGUAAACAGAAUCUCUACUUUACAAAGGCAAGGCAAGCCAAGAUGGCGAUGUAA